AUGUUCAAGCACAACAUCCUCAGACAGCUCUCAAGAGCCUCUACGACUGCUACCCGACCGCCAACCGCCGCAGCCCUCACUCGACAGGUUACUCGAGGUAUUCGCGUUACUCCUCGAGCCAGAAGCGACGAGGAGGUCAAGGAUAAGCACGAUGAGUACUCGACCGCUGGCAAGCGCGGCGCCUUUGAGCACGAGGGUCAAUUCUCGCGAACAGAUAACACCAUCAAGGUCGAGUACCCAGAAGAGGAGGAUCUGCCUAGCUCGCGCCCAAUCCAGGGCCGUGGUGGCUACCAUUUCAAGCGUACGCUGGCGACCUUCAGCUUGGAGGACCGCGUGGGUGUUGUGACGGGAGGUGCCAGAGGUCUCGGGCUCGUCAUGUCCCAGGCAUUGGUAAUCAGCGGUGCUGAUGUAGCCAUUGUCGAUUUGAACAAGGAGGAAGGCGAGAAGCAGGCUCAGCUGCUGAUGGAAACUUUCAAGAAGGAGAAUCCGGGAGCUACCAAAGUUCCCAAGGUUACAGCGCACUACUGCGAUGUUUCUUCUCCGGAUUCAGUAAAUCAAGCGAUGGACCAGAUCCUCAAGGACCAUGGCAAGGUCGAUCACUUGGUCACCUCUGCAGGAUUCACCGAGAACUUCGAUGCCAUUGAAUAUCCUCAUGACCGCAUGCAGAAGCUGUGGGGCGUCAACGUGGACGGAACCUACAUCUGGUCCUGCACUGUCGCCAAGCACCUCAUGGCAAGGAAAGCUACCGGAAGCGUGGUCAUGAUUGGCAGCAUGUCUGGCGCAAUCGUGAACGUCCCACAGCCGCAAGCACCAUACAACGCCGCAAAGGCUGCUGUGCGACAUCUCGCCAGCUCACUUGCCGUUGAAUGGGCACAUGCAGGCAUCCGUGUGAACUGCAUCUCGCCAGGUUACAUGCUCACCGCACUCACCAAGAAGAUCCUCGACGACAACCCCGAACUGGCGCAGAAGUGGACAAGCCUUAUUCCACAGGGUAAGAUGGGACGCCCAGAAGAUUUGAUGGGCGCUGUCACCUUCCUCCUUUCCGACGCAGCUGGCUACGUGACCGGCGCUGAUCUCCGCGUGGACGGUGGUUACACUGUCACAUAAACGAUAGAAGGGAUGGAAAAAGCGGUGCAUUGUUGCAUAGGGUGGGAAGAGCUUGUUAUAAUGCGAAUAGAGGCCGGGUGGCCAAAACGGCAAGAGGAUACGGCGCUGGGGAGUUUGCGAAAUUCAUGGAUUGCCCAACUCGGGCUUCUCAUGGGUAGAAUUCUGUCUCGAAUUGAGCUAGAGUGUACUGUG